AUGAAUAUCCAAGGUAAUGCAGUAUCCAAUCCCGCUGGAGGACAGGAUGUGACCGUAAUCGCUGGCAGGCAAUUUGGUUCCGACAACACUAAUAUCACAGCUGGAGCUUUUGCCGGAGGUAAUACUCUACGUGGACCACCAAAUGCUGGAGUUUUUGCAAGUGCUAAUGCCAAUGGUCACAGUCUAUCGGUUUCAAAAACCGUUGUCCCCGGAGUAUCAGCAACCACUUCCCAUGCUGCCAGUGCAAACCUCUUCCGCAACGAUCAACACAGUGUCAACGCACAAGCAUUUUCCAGUAAAACAAAAUUAAAUGACCGAUUUCAAUUCAAACAACACGGAGCGGGUCUUAAUUAUAACAAUGCUAAUGGACACGGUGCUUCCAUCGGCGUAAAUAAGAUCCCCGGUUUCGGUAGUUCAAUGGACGUUGGAGCAAGGGCAAAUAUCUUCCAGAACCCAAAUACUUCUUUUGCUGUCAUGGCUAAUUCAAGAACUCACCUGAGUGGCCCUUUUCAAGGGAAAACGAACUUUGGAGUAUCUGCAGGAAUUACUAGGAGAUUUUAGAUACAAUUAUAGCUAUUUAAACUCCACUAUUAUAUAGUUAAUCGAUAGGAUAUUCCAUCAGCUAAUC